AACUGAAGUAAUUGCAUGUGCAGUAAAUGGAUAUUUACUGCUAAAGUGAAGCACAGAGAGCUUGAAAUAAGGUUGCUAGAGGUAAAAGAAUGUGUCUCAAAAGUCAGAUAUUGAUCUUAUAUUGCAUUGCAAGUGAAGUUUGGAUGGCAAAGCAGCUUGACUCUAGAAAAAAUUUCUCCCGAGGACUUUACCGUGUUGAAGAUGAUGGUUCUGCAAAGUGGAACAGGCUAAAAAGGAGUCUGUAUCAGGGAAGAUCCUGCAGGGUACGAGGCUGUUGCACAGGAAGAGAUGAUGACUGCAGCUUUAAUAUUGUCUCCAGAGCAGCUAUAUGUUACUGUGACCAGUUCUGUGCCUCAGGUUCUCCUGGCCCUGUAGACUGCUGUGCUGACUACUGGGAUGUCUGUGACCACCGUGUUGAGCCCACCAGGUCAGAUGAACCUUGGCCACCUCUGACAUCAGGUUGUUAUAGAGCUGGCCGAUAUUACGGAGAAGGAACAAUAAUUAAAGACAACUGCAAUUCCUGCAAAUGCUUGCAAAGUCUCUGGAAGUGUUCAGAAGAAAUAUGCCUUGUUCGCCAAGACUUAAUUCAGCACAUCAAUUCUGGAGAUUAUGGAUGGAAAGCUGCCAACUACACUCAGUUCUGGGGAAUGACAGUGGAAGAAGGUUUCAAAAAGCGCUUGGGCACCUUCCCUCCAUCUCAUUCCUUGCUGAGUAUGAAAGAAGCUCCAGGAAAUUCAGUUCCAGAAGAAAAAUUUCCUGCAUUUUUUGCAGCCACUUAUGCAUGGCCUGAAUGGAUUCAUGAUCCCCUGGAUCAACGAAACUGUGGAGCAUCCUGGGCUUUUUCAACCACAAGUGUUGCAGCAGAUAGAAUAGCAAUUCGUUCUGGCGGUCAGAUCACAGACAACCUUUCAGUUCAGAAUUUGAUCUCUUGUGAUACAAGGAAUCAACAUGGAUGUAAUGGUGGAAGUAUUGAUGGUGCUUGGAGAUAUCUGAAAACACACGGGUAAAUAUUUAACCUAUCUG